CUCCAAAUAUCUGGGCAUUCACAGUCCCACGAAUUCGAGAUCCCCGUCAUGGGAAUUAGAGAAGAACAGCGGUAUCCUCUGCUGCUUUCAGUCACAGAAGAAGAAGAUGGACCACAGCAACUACCUUGUCAACAAUGCAACGGUAUAUAUACUUUGGUCCAAGAAACAUGGUUGGAAUCAAUCAAGAUAUGGGAAAUCGCGGGUCCCUCUAUCUUCAGCCGUCUUGCUAUGUUCUCCAUGACCGUUAUCACCCAAGCUUUCGCAGGACACCUCAGUGACAUCAACCUCGCUGCUAUUUCUAUAGCUACCACUGUCAUCAUUGCCGUUAGUUUCGGUUUCUUGCUAGGCAUGGCAAGUGCAUUAGAAACGCUAUGUGGGCAAGCUUAUGGAGCCAAGCAAUACCACAUACUAGGCUUGUAUAUGCAACGUUCUUGGAUUGUUUUAUUUUUGUGUUCAAUUUUAUUACUACCUAUGUUCUUGUUUGCAACUCCAAUCUUGAAAUUGAUAGGACAGCCUGAAGAGGUUGCUGAGCAGACAGGUUUGGUGGCAAUUUGGUUAAUUCCUUUUCAUUUUAGCUUCCCUUUUCAGUUCACAUUGCAAAGGUUCUUGCAGAGCCAGUUACAGACCGGGGUUAUCGCUUUGGUAUCUGGUGGUGCUCUUCUGAUCCAUGUGUUUGUGAGUUGGGUUUUUGUUUACAAGUUGAGAGUUGGGAUUGUUGGCACUGCAAUUACUCUUGAUUUCUCUUGGUGGGUGUCCGUUUUGGGAAUGUUUGUGUAUUGUGUUUGUGGUGGUUGUCCAGUUUCUUGGACUGGUUUCUCUACACAAGCUUUUGUUGGACUUUGGCCGUUCUUUAAACUCUCUGCGGCUUCUGGGAUCAUGCUUUUGUUCGAGAAUCUCUACUAUAGAGUGUUGAUUAUCAUAUCUGGGUAUUUGCAAGAGACUGAGGUUGCAGUUGACGCCCUUUCCAUUUGCAUAUCUAUCUAUGCUUGGGAAUCUAUGAUUCCACUUGGAUUUUUGGCUGCCACUGGAGUACGGGUUGCAAAUGAGCUUGGCGCAGGCAAUGCAAAAGGUGCCAAAAUUGCAACUACAGUGUCAAUAUUGACCUCCCUAGUUAUUGGAUUGUUCUUUUUCUUAAUCAUCAUGGCUUUCUCUGAGCAACUUGCAAUGCUCUUUACAUCAAGCUCCUCUGUCAUUGCAAUGGUUAACGAGUUGGCAGUUUUACUGGCAUUCACCAUUCUCCUCAAUUGCAUUCAACCAGUUCUUUCAGGUGUGGCAGUUGGAUGCGGUUGGCAAGCAUUGGUAGCAUUUAUAAACAUUGGCAGCUACUACAUAGUUGGGGUGCCUCUUGGGGUCUGCUUAGGGUGGCUGCUCCACUUUGGUUUCACACAGGGUAUUUGGGCUGGAUUGAUUAUUGGAACAGUGGUCCAGACAUUGAUACUGACCAUAGUCACCAUGAAAUGCGAAUGGGAGAAGGAGGCAGAGAAAGCUCGACUUCACAUAACCAAUGGAGCUACGUUUAGCUGAUAAUGCAAUACGAGCAUGCAUUGCUUUUUCACUGAUAACAAGGUCAUAGUUAUGAGCAGCCUGCAACUAAAACAGACAUGCCUAAGACAACCAACGAUCACUUCGUCAAGAAAGGAUGAAAGGGUAGGGGAAACAACAAUUUUAAUUUUCUUUUUCAGUUUUGCUGCCCCAACUGAAAAAAAAGGAGUGAUAAUUAGCUUUAUGGGGAAGAAUAUAUGAACCCCAUUAUUUGCUUUUAACAUUCAAAAACGUAAUUGGGUUUUGAGUUGAUAUAAUAUAGGAUCAUUCCGAACUGUAAA